UAUCCUGUGUGAACCCAGAUCACUUAUAUGAUCACACCAUUUGGAUCCAACAAGAGUCUGUUAAUCAUUUGUUCUGCUCUUUGGAUAAUCAACUUCUUUCAGUCUGCCUUUGACUUGGGCGUCCAGAGAAGCUAAGAUUGCCACCAGCUUAACGUCUCCUUCUCCUCCUUCGGCCACCUGCACAGCACACUGCAGAAUACAACUACAUACCUCACCUUUGAGCACCUCAGGGCAAAUGAUGUAGACAACUACACCUGUUCUCUGUACUUGAAUAAUCAAAGAAAUAUCUCCUUUAUUAUUCAGCUGGACCAUGGCGGAUCUUUGCAGUAUGCUUCCCCACUUCCUCUAUCCCUCUAGCAAUUUGACUAUGGAGCAAGCUUUGGAUAGUCAAAUAACACUGAACUGCACUGUGCAGCUACCUUUCAGUAACGACUGUGAUCUUGACCUGCGCUGGAUGAAAGAUAAUCAGUUCUUAGACAAUAAAACUCAUUCUUCUUAUACUCAGUGGUUCAGUGACAAUGAAACCAAAAUAUUUAUCUCCAGUUCUUUAGAACUAAACAUGACUGAUGAAAAUUAUGGAGUUUUUGCCUGCUUCAUUAGAAAUAGUACAGCUCUUUUUACACUGAAAAAACCAGAAGAGACUGCUGGGCACUUGGGCGCAGUGCUAGCCACGUUUUUUGCUGCGGCGCUCCUGCUAUUUGUAGCUAUAAUGUAUGUGAAGUGCCAACUGAAUGCACUGCUCUGGUACAGGAAUCAUUAUGGAGAAGUAGAAAUCAACGAUGGAAAAAUUUAUGAUGCCUAUGUAUCUUACGCUGAUUCAGUGGAUGAUAGAAAAUUUGUGAAUUUCAUAGUGAAGCCACAGCUAGAGAAUCGCUAUGGUUACAAGCUCUUUUUAGAUGAGAAGGACAUUCUGCCCAACUCAGAACCUUCUGCGGAUUUGAUUAUGAACGUCAGCCGAUGUCGACGUCUUAUUGUGGUUCUUUCUUAUGCAUAUUUAGAACAAGAAUGGUGCAACAAUAAUUUCAGGGAAGGUCUUUGGAGACUACUGGAACUCUCCCGGAAGCCAAUCUUCAUUGUCUUUGAGAGCCAAUAUCGGGACAUAGCACAUCCAGCCAUUAAUUUGCUAAAGCAGCACAAGAGCAAUGUGACCUUGUUGAUGUGGCAUGCUGGUUCCAUGGCAAUUGCAUCGAGUUUCUGGAAGGAGUUGUGCCUUGCCUUGCCGCGGAAAGUAUCUUAUCAAGGCCUCAGGGGGGACCCUCAAACCUUUCUCCAGGAAGACAAGGAUCCGAUGCUGAUUCUCCAAAGCAACUAUCCAGAAUUCCAGGGGGACUCUCACCCUGAAGGAGACAUUGUAAUCCGGAGACCAAUUAUCAAAAAUCUACCCCCUCCUGUUAAGAUUGAUCCUGAUGGUCCAUGUCUUGGAGCAAUGGAAGAGGUACAGCUUGAGGACAGCCAGAAGAAUGAGAUAGACAUUUCUGACCUGGGAUCUCGCAACUAUGAUGCAAGGACAGACUUUUACUGCCUAGUGACGGAAGAUGAUAUAUGAGGCUUGCUAAGAUAUUCCUGUGGAAAUGAUAUUUUUUUUGUAAGCAUGGUAUGCUUUGGACAACAUGCUUAAUUAAUCUCUUUAAUCCAGAAGUCCUACAGAACUCUGACCCGCUCAUUCAACAUGUCUUUUUCUAACUUAAAGGAUAGGAGUAAAAGAAAUGUUCAGAUGACACAAAACAAAAGAGUAGCCAAGACUUCAGGAGACAGAAAUAAAGCAGCUUAGGCUUGGCAUCCUUCUGUUGGGCACAUCAUUAAACAGGGCAAUUGUAUAAAAUGGCCUCUGAACCUCCUACAUAAUUCUAUAAGCAUUCACCAUUGGGGGGAUGCAAGGUUUUGGAGAACAUCUGUACUCAAUAGUGCCAUACAUUCAGAUGAUUAUCUUGUAUCAGAUUGCAAUGCUGGGAUUUAUCUAAGCAACAGGCUUGGCAAAGCUUUUCAGUUACUGCUAACAUCUCCAGGCAGGUGUUGAUACGUGAGAAGUGAACAUUAAUAGCUAAAUGUUAUUAGGGUAAUUGGAAUUAUAAGGGGAAAUAUCAACACUAAGGAGAUAUGAGACUCCUCCUUGCUAGAAAAAUGAAAAGUGGCAGGUUUCUAUAUGAAAAAGAACUUUUUUUUGGAAGAAAAUAACAAAGCACUCACUUGUACUUAUUUCCAUGUAAAUUUUAAAAUGCAUCUUACUAUAUGCUAGCACCAAGGGAUGCAGACUUGCAUUGAUUUCCCCCACCCUGGCUGAUAGAAUACUAUUGCUAUUUAUUCUUUAUAUAAUGCUAUCUAAGUAAGUGGAGGCAUUCUUCAUUAGGAAUUUUUCAAGUUGAGGCUGAAACACAUCUAGAGGGCGCUAGAUUGAUUUUAUUAAUCUUCUCAAGCAUUCUUUGCCUUUGGUAGCCAAAACUCAGAAGGUGUCUGUAACAGCCUUUCAGAUGAACACAUUGUAUGAAGGCAUUCUGUAAUCUUUCAGAAACUACAUGUUACAUCACAUGCAUGCAGUGACUAAAGUGAUGUAGAAUUUAAAUUGGAAUGAAGCAAGGGGAAAGAGAGGGGAUCCCAGUGGGGUUAUGAAGAUGCAAUUUGAUUGCAAAAUACCCAUUAUGUUUGUUGAGAUCUUCUAAGACAGCCUGAAAUAUUUCAAUACACAUGAAUCCAGAACUCUCUUGCCCCAUUGCAUUGGUAGACUUCCUUUUUUCCAAGGGAAAAGUAUGUAAAAUAGAGUAUCCAAGUCAGUUUCAAUAAUAAGUAACUUGAAAGAAAAAAAAGGGAAAAAUAUCUAAAAUGCCUAUUGGAGGGGAAAAGGGCACUUCCAUGGAAAAUGGAGAAGGGAUGCAGAAAUGGGGCCGAGAAAGAGACCAAAAGAAAAAAAAAAAAAAAGAAUUUGAAGUCAGAAGAUGGGCAAGUAUGAUUUCAAAAUGUGUAAAACAAAUGUCUCACAGAGUAUCAGGAAUUGAAGCACAUUGGGAUAGAUUCCUCUAAAGAUCGUGAAUAGCUGCUCAAGUUCUCCAAAUCUGAAAGUCCAGCCAUUGGACUAACUCUUCUAAGCAGCAGUUAGAGGCAUAUUGAAAUUGCCUCUCAAGUUUCAUCCAAAUGAAACUCAAGAAAAAGUUAAUUUAGACAGCAGCAAAGUUAAUCUGGUAAUGCAGAGGUGGGUUGCUCCCAGUUCAACCCGGUUCAGCCGAACCAGUAGUGAUGGUGGUAGGCUCCGCCCAUCCACCUGGAUGCUUCUGCGCAUGUGGAGAAGCAUUCCACGUGAGCAAGAGCACGAGCAAACCAGUAGGAAACCAGUUAGCAACCCACCACUGAUGCAAUGGUAUUACAGUGAUGAUGGUUGUUUCUUUGUUUUUGGAUCAUUGUAAUGACAAAAAUUCAUCUUCCUCUGUUUCUUGUUAGAAAAAGAUUGUCCAAAAGAUUGUCCAAUGCACUUUAUUUUCUUCAGACAAACUUCUAUGUAUCAAGGGACCAAGAACCAUAGGGAUGUUUCAAGAAGUCAAUCUUAGACUGUGCUUAAGUACUGGAUUGUACAAUUCAAAAGGCAGCUCUCUGUGGAGAU